AUGGAUGACUAUUUAGCUGGGCCUUCUACUAUUACGAUUGGGAUGAGGGAGUUUUAUGAUUGUGUUCAACACAAUCAACUUUCUGAUGUUAAAAGUCAUGGGCUUCAUUUCACUUGGAACCAAAAACCGAAAAAUGGAGUAGGUGUUUUGAAAAAGAUCGAUAGAGUUAUGAGUAACACUCAGCUUCUUGAUUUAUUUCCAGAUGCUUUUGUCUUAUAUCAUCCCUAUCGGGUUUCGGAUCACUCGCCAUGCAUUCUGAAUUUGAUUCCGGUUAACCAUAAUCGGCCUAAGCCUUUCAAAUUUGCUAACUUUCUAGCGAGGAAGGAGGGAUUUAUUCCAUGCGUGGCCAAGGAAUGGGUAAAGGAGAUUCCGGGUAAAACUAUGUUUUCGGUGGUUAAGAAGUUGACGGCUCUUAAGCCUCCUUUAAGACGCCUUCUUUUUGAUCAGGGUAAUCUCCACAACCGUGUGAAGGAGGUUAGAUUGCAGUUGGAUGCCAUUCAGAAAGCUAUAGAUGACAACCCGCUUGACCUGAAUAUUCUUCGUAAGCUGGACGCUACAGAGACAGUUAAGGAUGCUGAUAUUCUUAUUCCUCGUGAGGUAAUCCAAAAAGUUCAGGAUAAGUUUGAGAAUGUUUUGUAUGGAUAUUUCUUGGGCAAUCGGUUACCUUUUCCUGUUGUGGAGUACUAUGCUAAAAAUGUUUGGUCUAAGCAUGGGUUUGUUAAGAUCAUGAUGAAUGCUGAAGGUUUUUUCUUUUUCAAAUUUGACUCUAAGGAGGGGAUGAUGAAAGUGCUUGAAGGAGGGCCAUGGUUGAUUAGGAAAAUGCCUCUUUUCUUGAAUGUUUGGUCGCCUUCGGUCAGUCUCAAGAAGGAGUGCAUUAAGUCAGUUCCGAUUUGGGUGAAAAUGCAUAAUGUUCCUAUUGCUAUUUACACGGAUGAUGGGCUGAGUUUAUUAGCGUCUAAGUUGGGUACCCCAAAACGGUUGGAUGGUUAUACGGCUGAUAUGUGUGUUGAUAACUGGGGGAGAAGUAGUUUUGCUCGUGCGUUAAUUGAGAUUAGUGCGGAUAAUGAGUUGAAAGAUUAUAUUACGGUUGCUAUUCCUAACCUUGUGGAGGAUGGGUAUGUUACUCAUAAGGUGAAGGUUGAAUACGAAUGGAAACCUCAGAGGUGCUCGACUUGCUGUGUUUUUGGUCAUAGUGAUCAAUCAUGCCCUAAGAAUAUAGUUCCAAAAGCUAAGCAGGUUGUGAUUGAUGAUGAGGGUUUCGUAACUGAUGAGAGGAAAGUGGCUAGAAAGCGUGUUUUGCAAAAGAAACAGAGGGCAAAUUUUGUGUACAGACCGAAAAUAGGUAACUCGGGUGCGAGCACUUCAGGUACUAAGGAUGAUAAGCCGGAUUCUACCGUGAAGGCCAAUGUAGAGACUAAAAACCCAUUUGAAGUUUUGUCUAAAUCGGAUGGGGGUGCUGAUAUCCCUCCUGGUAAUGUGAAGUCAACGGAGCCAAGUCCUAGUAGCCCGUUUGACGACUAUGAGGAAGAAGUUGUUGAGGUUGUGCCAACGGAAAUGUCUAAUUUUAUGAGCAACAAAUCGCUUGGUAGCAAUGCUGAGGGGGCAAGCACUCCCGUGGCUGGAAUUGGACGUCGAAUGGGGGGUUAUGUUCCAGAGGUACUAGAAUUAUUCUUGGGUGGAAUUCUGAUAUACCAUGAUCGUCGUGCCCUUUGGGAGGAUCUUUGUAGCUUUAAUGCUUUGGCUCGUGAUAAGCCAUGGAUUGUCAUGGGGGAUUUCAAUGUUGCUCUCAAUAUGGAAGAUUGUUUAUCUGGUCCCUCGAAUCAUUCUAUUGGCAUGAGGGAGUUUUUUGAAUGUAUUAAGGAGACUGAAUUGUUAGAUGUUCCGAGUCAUGGCAUCCACUUUACGUGGAACCAAAAACCGAGAGAGGGUAUUGGAGUUAUGAAGAAGCUGGAUCGGGUCAUGGGUAAUCUAAAGUUUCUGGAUUUAUUUCCGAAUGGGUAUGCCUUGUUCAAACCGGCCCGCUUGUCGGAUCAUUCUCCGUGCAUAUUCAAGUUUUCUUCGGCGAUUAACACUAAACCGAAACCGUUUAAAUUUCCGAAUUUCAUUGUUUCAAAACCCGAGUUCAAGCAGGUUGUUUCAGCGGAGUGGGCUAAGGAGAUUCACGGUCAUUCCAUGUUUGCGGUUGUUAAAAAGAUGAGAAAUUUGAAGCCUCUCUUUCGUAAAAUUCUUUUUCAGCAAGGCAACUUGCAUAAAAGGGUUGAGGAUUUGCGGGUUAAACUUGAUAAUAUUCAGAACCAAGUGGAUGCAAAUCCCUUGGAUUUGCUUCUUCGGGAUGAGCUUGCCACAUGUCUUCUGGAUUUUCAAUCGGCUGCUUAUGAUGAGGAGUGCUUUCUUAAACAGAAAGCCAAGGUAGAAUGGUUGAGUGCGGGGGAUUCAAACACGAGGUUCUUCCAUAAAUGUGUGCAAAGCAGAAAUGCUAGGAAUAAAAUUUCUAGUAUUCAGGAUGCGCAAGGGAACCAGUUCGAGGGUGAUCACGUUUCUACGGCUUUUCUUAAUCACUAUACGAACUUCUUGGGUAUGGAGUACCAGGUGGAGGAUUUUGACUUUGGAGAUUUGUGUGCUAACACUUUGAAUGCUCUCUCGGCUAAUCAUAUGGUGCGGUCGGUUACCCGAGAUGAGGUUAAAAAAGCUAUGUUUAGUAUUGGUGAGAACAAAGCGCCAGGUCCGGAUGGGUAUACAUCGGCUUUUUUUAAACAUUCGUGGGAAGUGGUAGGAGAUCAAGUGACGAAUGCAGUUCUGGAUUUUUUUGAGAAUGGCCAAAUAUUGAAGCAGAUUAAUCACACUAUUAUUGCUUUAAUUCCUAAAAAGGAUUCUCCUAAUUCGGUUCUUGAUUAUAGGCCGAUAUCCUGCUGUAAUGUCCUCUUUAAAUGCAUUAGCAAGAUUAUUACGGAUAGAAUUAAAGGGAGUUUGGAUGGGUUAGUUAGCAUUAAUCAGUCAGCUUUUAUCCCUGGUCGCAAAAUUACCGAUAACAUUCUUCUAACGCAGGAGCUUAUGCAUAACUACCAUCUUGAUAGAGGCCCAGCUAGAUGUGCCUUGAAGAUUGAUAUCCAAAAGGCUUAUGACACGGUCAAUUGGUCUUUUCUUAAAGCUAUCUUGGAGGGUUUCGGUUUUCAUAGGAAAAUGGUCAUGUGGAUUAUGAAAUGUGUGUCUACAGUUUCCUAG